GUGUUUCGGGUUUGAUCAAUAAAAAAUCACAUAAGGUUUAGUUUUAUCCUCCAGUUUCAUUUAACACGGUUCCUUUUUUUCGCUAAUUUCAAGUUACAACAGUUUGAUUAUCUUUAUUUUUCGGCAAACAUUGUAUAUCCGUGACAAUCGAAGCAAAAUUUGGAGGAAACAUCUUCUGAGACACAUAACAACAAGUGAAAAUUUUAAUUUAUGUAAUGACAAAAUAAAAAGUUCCUGCUCAAUUUACGGCAAUUAGGUAAAAGUAAAAAGAGACGUGAGACAUAGAAAAAGCUCGUAAAAAGUGUCAAGUUGAUUGUGCAAUACGAAAAAACGUAAAUUAAGUCGUACUUUUGUGAUGAAUUGAACAAAAUCCAGAACACAGUCAGUGAAAUUUCUUCCGUACAUGAACAUUUUAUGAAGAAACGAAGUGCAAUUUUGAUUAUUCAUAAUCGUGUGUGUUACCAAACGGCGUGAAAGAAGAUUGAUUGACUGAAAUUCGUGCAAAGAGAAAUAAAAUGUGGCCUGAAAACGUUGGAAUCUUAGCAAUUGAGGUAUUGUUUCCCUCACAGUUUGUUGACCAAACCGAACUCGAGGUCUUCGAUGGAGUAUCUGCAGGCAAAUACACUAUCGGGCUUGGACAAAGUCGAAUGGGAUUUUGCUCGGAUCGACAAGACAUCAAUUCGUUGUGUUUGAGUGUCGUGCAUAAUUUGCUCGAGAGAUAUGGAGUAUCGCCAAAUGAAAUUGGGAGACUUGAAGUAGGCACAGAAACGAUUGUCGACAAAUCCAAAAGUGUGAAAUCUGUGUUGAUGCAAUUAUUUGAGCCGCAUGGCGUAACAGAUUUGGAAGGUAUUGACACGACAAAUGCGUGUUACGGAGGAACAGCAGCUUUAUUCAAUGCCAUCAAUUGGGUCGAAUCAUCAAGUUGGGAUAAGCGGUUGGCAUUAGUUGUUUGCGGAGAUAUUGCCGUUUACGCAAAAGGAUCUGCACGCCCAACUGGAGGCGCAGGAGCAAUUGCCAUGCUUGUAGGACCUAAUGCGCCUUUAAUAAUCGACAGAAGUGUUCGAGCGUCGUUCAUGAAGCACGCAUAUGACUUUUACAAGCCUGACUUGAGUUCAGAGUAUCCGACAGUCGAUGGAAAACUUUCCAUCCAAUGCUACUUAAGUGCCCUCGAUAAAUGUUAUCAACUUUAUCGCGAAAAAUACAGCAAAAAGUACCCGAAUGCCCUGAAAAAUGGUCUCGAAAACUUUGAUGCCCUCAUUUUUCAUACGCCCUACUGUAAAUUAGUGCAAAAAUCUCUCGCUCGUAUCGGGCUCAACGAUUACGUCUUGUUAGACAAGGAACAACGCUCUCAAGUCUUCCCGCAACUGGAUCAAUUCAAGGAUGUUCAACUCGAAAAUACCUAUUUCGAUCGCGACGUUGAAAAAGCUUUUCUCACGGCAUACAACGCAGUGUAUGAGGAAAAAACAAAACCAUCACUUCUUUUGGCAAAUCAAGUAGGAAACAUGUACACACCGUCAGUCUAUUCGGGACUCGUAUCUCUCUUAGUUUCGCACAGCACGGAAUAUUUACUCGGAAAAACUGUUGGAGUCUUCUCGUAUGGAUCAGGACUUGCAUCGUCUAUGUACUCAAUUUCAAUCACGCAAGAUCCCGCCAAAUUGGGUCCUCUCAUCAAUCAUUUGUCGUACGUAAAACCUUUGCUCGAAAGUCGCAUGAAAGUUGAUCCCUCAGAGUUUACACGGCUCAUGGAGAUUCGGGAGAAAAACAAUCACGCAGCUCCUUAUGAACCAAGCGGAGAUAUUUCUGUUCUGUUUCCGGGUACAUAUUACUUAAAAUCAGUUGACGACAAGCAUCGACGUGUUUACGAACGUGUGCCAAAAGCUUAGCAUCAACUGCUUAAACGCAAGCUCAGUAACUCAAAUACUGAUAGAGAAAGGUCAUAAUUUAAUUUUUUUAAAAAUGUUAAAAAGGAUAGAGAUAAUAUUAAAAAAUUGGAAUAUGGAGAACUAAAUUUUUUGUCUGUUUCGGUAAUAACCUCUUCUUUUGGUUAGCAAACUCCUAUACUACAUGUUUUAACUUUAUUCUUAUUUAAUGGUAGAUAGUUAGUAAAUUGAUAGAUAUUAUUUAAAUAUCGAAUAAAAAAGUUUUAUAUGGAAUUGUU